GGCAGUGUCUCCCCUGCUUGCGUCGCGAUCCCAUUCCCAUUCCCAUUCCCAUUCCUAUGGCUAGCUACUACUAAUGCGCGCACGCCUUUUCGGGCGAGGCCAUUUCCAGCGCUGCGGAUCUGCAUCGCGUCACCAUGGAGCCGACCGUGCCGCCGCCGGUGGUGGUGGUCGCACCUUCCCCCAAGUCGCCGCCCAGGUACCCAGACCUCUGUGGCCGACGGAGGCUGCAGCUCCAACUCCAGAUCUUGAACCGCGAGAUCGGCUUUAUUGAGGAGGAAUUACAAUCUCUUGAAGGAAGUCAACCUGUGUCCAGAUGCUGCAAAGAGGUCAACGAGUUUGUAGGGACAAAACCUGAUCCCAUGGUGCCUAUAAAUACGAAGAUUCACAGAUCUUGUUGCUUGUGGAGAUGGCUUGGGUCUAAAUUGUGCUUCGAUUUCUCAUGGAUUUGCUGCUUCAGUGGGUGUGCACUUGGGCUGCAAAGACCAAGCUGCUCUUGUUCACAGAUUUGCACCUGUUGUCAAUGUGGAUGUCCAAUCUCUCAAUGUUGUCAUGAUAUGUCAUGCAGACGUUGCUGCAGUAGUUCAGGAGUUACUUGUAGCUGCAGCAAAGCAUGCGGUAGUUGUUCAAAGUCUAUCUGUAGUUGCAUUGGAGCAUGUUGUGUUUGCCUUAAAGUUCCUUGCAUUUGUGGCAUAAAAUGCAUCAGCUGCUCAAAAACUCCCUGCAGUUCCUGCAGCAAAUGCUCAAAAGUUCCUUGCAGUUCUGGUGAAACAUGCUUUUGCUCAAAAGUUCCUAGCACCUGUCCAACAUGCUGCAGCUGCUCAAAAGAUCCUUGCACUUGCAAUGGAACUUGCUGCCUAAAAAAGCCUUGCAGUUGCAUCCCAACAUGCUGCAGUUGCCCAAAAACUCAGUGCAGUAGUUAUGGCACAUGCUGCAGCUGCUCAGAUGUGUGUUUCUUCAAAAGACGAUGUCAUUGUUCGAGUAGUUCCUGCUUGAGAACAUGUCGGCCAUCCUGCUGUUGUUCAUGCGGUGAUAAACCGUGUUGCUGUGACUGCAACACAUCAUGCUCAAAUUUGUGGCGUGCUCGAUCCUUCUGCUGUGAUUGUAAGCCAUCAUGUUCCAGUUCAUGCUGUGAUCAACAAUGUUGUGGCUGGAAACUUAGGGGUUGCCAAAAACCUUGUGGUUGCUCAUGGUGCAGUGGCUGGAUACCUUCAUGCUUCUUACCAUGCUGCUCUCGAAAAUGGUGCUGCUGUAGCUCUAGGCCUUCAUGCUCCAGUUCCUGCUGUUCCUUUCCCAAACUCUCCUGCCCAGAGUAUUCUUGUGGAUGUGUCUGGUCCUGCUCUAGGUGUACAGAUGCAUGUCAUUUACCAAAAUGUGCUAAGCCCUGCUGCGUCACUGGAUGUCUGUGUUAAGGUGAAGAACAUUAGUUUUCAGGAGUUAAAUUCGAAGAGAAAAUGGAGUUCGUGGUUGAUCCGGAUAGCAAACGAAGGCAACCGAUAUUGGCUAUGUGAAUCCACACAAUCGUGUGGCUUCACCAGAGGAGGAGCAGGACAUGGUCGUGUUACGCACAUGACCAUGUCACCCCAUCAACAUCCAGAUCAUGGUUGUGUGGAUCCACACGGCUAUGCAUCAUUUCCAGAAAGCAAUAAGACUUCGACCGUGUGGGUCACACGACCGUGUGGCCAAAGCAGAAUAGAAGAAGAGCACGGCCGUGUGAAUUCACACAGCCCUUUAUCCCAUCCAGAGCCAAAGCAGAACACGACAGUGUGACCCACACAACCAUGUCACCCUAGCAGAUAGUAGAAAGAAGGAGGCCGUGCGGAAUCCACAUGGUCGUGCCAUGGGCCGUGUGGUGCCCGUGCCCAGCUCUAUAAAAGGGAGUUUCUCCCUCUUUCUAGGGAAGGAAGGCUCUCCCUUUGAGAAGAUCCAUCUUGGUGCUGAUUUUCACUUUCUUCGACCUUCAUCCGACGAUCCGAGAUCAUCUUCAUCUCCGCAUCAACUCCGAAAGCUCUAGAUUGGAUCCAAAGAUCACUCAACGUCAUUGGAUAAACAUUUCUCUUCUUUUCUCUUUAAUUUGGGAUUUGAAUGCUUGCGAUCUAUAUGUCUUUGG